AUGAGAUUCCGACGCCUGACCCCUGGCUACUUCCGGGUACUACAGAUGCAGAUAGCUGGGGAGCUGAAAGCAGAGCCCCGGAGCCCACUGGCUGGGGUUGUGGCUACACUGCUGGCCGUCCUUGGAUUGGGAGGCUCCUGCUAUGCUGUCUGGAAGAUGGUGGGGCAGCGGCGGCCGCCACAGGCCUGA